ACCUGGCGGGCUCGCGGCAGCCGGUGUUUUCCCCUUCCCGCAAGGCAACCAAACCCCGAAAGCGGAGCCGCCCUCACCUGACCACCACCUUCUUCUUCCCAGUUCUUCCGCCCGAUGCCUCCGCAUCAUCACGCCCCCCUCCCGCGAAACCGCGUCUAGGGUUCUCGCCUUCACCCACCCACCCACCCUACUCUCCUCUCCCCUUUUCCCUUCCGCAACGUCGCCGCCGCCGUCGCACGCAGAUGGCACUCCUCGGCGACGCGCUGCGGCAGGCCUUCUUGAUGCCACGGCGCGCCUACGCGGCGCUCCGCGACGACGAGCAGUCCUUCCCGCCGCGUCUCCGCCGCCCGCUGGCCGUGACCGCCGCCUGCUGUGUCGCCGCCGCUGUGGCAGCUGCCGCGUGCGUCAGCCUCGGGAUCGUGUUCCCUGCCGAGCCCGCGGAGCGGCCCUUCUGCCGGGAGCGCCGCAUGCUGGAGGCGCUGCCUGCCGCCGCCAGCAGCAGGGAGGAGGAGCCCGAGGCGUACCGGUACCGCGGGGGUGCCUUCUACAUGACCACCGCUGAGGCCGCCGACUUCUACUGGAUGGUCGUCUUCGUGCCAUCCGCCGUCCUCUUUGGCGCCUCGUUCACCUACCUUGUAGCUGGAAUGUCUGUUGCAUAUGCUGCUCCAAGAAGGCAUCCGAUGAUCUGUGUUGUUGAGAACAACUUUUGUGCUUCUAGAAGAGGAACAUUUGGGAGGAUGACUGUUGAAUGUGCGCCACUGGGGAGUAUGAGUAUGGGAGGCAGUGAAGCAGAUAUCCUUGUGUUUCUGGCACGGGCGCUUGUUUCCAUAGUGUAACCAUCAAUCCAUGCAUAUGUGCAGGCCUAGGACUGAGGUGGCGUUCGUUGCCUGGCUAUACUUAAUGUGGUUUUCGCUGUAAUAUUCGGUCUCAUGGCAAUUAUUCUUGGAUCAACACUGCUGGCGCUCGGAAGUACCUGUUCAGUUCCUCUUUUCUGGUGCUAUGAGAUAACAGCCUGGGGUUUGGUAGUCUUAUAUGGUGGCACGGCCUUCUUCUUGAGAAGGAAAGCUGCAGUUGUCCUUGACGAGAGCGAUUACUCUACCCACAAUGUGGGUCUAGAGAUGCUGGAGUCCAAAAUGGAAGUGACUCCAGAGAUGCAGCGCCGCAUCACCGAUGGUUUCAAGCAGUGGAUGGGUUCGUCCCUCCUAUCUUCUGAUGACGAGGAGGAAGCCUCGGAUGACUACCUCGAGCACGAUGUUCCUAGCCCGACUGCCUUAGGUCAACAACACCAGCAUGAGCAUGAUCGAGAGACCUGACUGCUGUAUAAAUAAAUGUACAUAGAGCGUCCCACUUAUUCGUUGAGGUUUGAUGUAGUAAGUGCCGGGUUCGGGUUCGAUUGCUAACAAGUGAUUGCCUUUGUUCUUUUUCCAUAAUAGAGGGAUUAGUUAGCUUCUCAAGUUCAUAUUUGAGUUUUGCUGUUUCAAUGCCAUUCAUACACAUGCAAAAAAGUAGAUAGCAUAUGUGUGGGCUCAUUGUUCACUGGUGUCGAAAGUCACGUGGAGUCCUUUUAGCUCCCCCGAGUGGGCUGAUUUGAUGGGCCGAUUUGAUGAUAAGGGAAUUGGAGGUCCACACCUUGCUAUUUUGUCACCAAACCAGCCCUAAGAUUGUACACAGAGAUAGCCUCGAGGUGCUGAAUGAGUGGGGUCUGUUCAUGCAAAUUGGAUCAUUCUGUACACAUUGUAUGGUUUCACAUUUUUCGUCGCUUUAUGGCAUAUGUAAUAAGUUGUGCAUGUUAUUUGUUUUUUGC